GCGCAUGCGCAGAGCCGGUUUAGCUCCUGAGGGAAAAGCUUGCUGCUGCUGUUGCUGCUGCUUCUUUGGCGCCUUGGAGGGAGGGCCAUGGCGGCGGAGGUGGCGGCCGGGUGCCGGGUGUUGGUGGUGGGCGCCGGAGGCAUCGGCUGCGAGCUCCUCAAGGACCUGGUCCUCACGGGCUUCGGACACAUCGACGUGAUUGACCUGGACACCAUUGAUGUCAGUAACCUCAACAGGCAGUUCUUGUUCCAAAAGAAGCACGUUGGGAGAUCGAAAGCUCAGGUUGCCAAGGAAAGCGUGUUACAGUUUCAUCCAAAAGCGAACAUCACAGCUUAUCAUGACAGCAUCACAAACGCAGACUAUAACGUGGAAUUUUUUCGGCAGUUUACCCUAGUUAUGAAUGCCUUGGAUAACAGAGCCGCCCGCAACCAUGUGAACAGGAUGUGCCUGGCAGCUGACGUUCCCCUUAUAGAAAGUGGGACUGCCGGCUAUCUUGGACAAGUAACUGUUAUCAAAAAGGGAGUCACAGAGUGCUAUGAAUGCCAUCCCAAGCCGACCCAGAAAACCUUUCCAGGCUGUACCAUCCGCAACACUCCUUCUGAACCGAUUCACUGCAUUGUCUGGGCAAAAUAUUUGUUCAACCAGUUAUUUGGAGAAGAAGAUGCUGAUCAAGAAGUGUCCCCAGACAGAGCUGAUCCUGAAGCUGCAUGGGAACCUGCAGAAGCUGAAGCCAGAGCGAGAGCAUCCAGCGAAGAUGGCGAUAUUAAACGUGUUUCCACCAAGGAAUGGGCUAAAUCUACAGGAUACGAUUCAGUUAAACUCUUCACUAAGCUUUUCAAAGAUGACAUCAGAUAUCUACUAACCAUGGAUAAGCUUUGGAGAAAAAGGAAACCCCCAGUGCCCCUGGACUGGAAUGAAAUACAAAAUCAAGAGAACAGCACAUCUGAGCAACACAAUGAGUCUUCCUUGGGCCUCAAAGACCAACAGGUGCUAGACGUCAAGAGCUAUGCACACCUCUUUUCUAAGAGCAUCGAGACCCUGAGAGCUCAGCUGGCAGAAAAAGGUGAUGGAGCUGAACUUAUAUGGGAUAAGGAUGAUCCCUCCGCAAUGGACUUUGUCACGUCUGCUGCAAACCUCAGGAUGCAUAUCUUUAGUAUGAAUAUGAAGAGCCGAUUUGAUAUCAAAUCCAUGGCAGGAAACAUCAUCCCUGCCAUAGCGACAACUAAUGCAAUAAUAGCUGGCCUGAUCGUUCUGGAGGGCUUAAAGAUUCUCUCGGGGAAGAUAGACCAGUGCAGAGCCAUCUUCCUUAAUAAGCAGCCGAACCCAAGGAAGAAGCUGCUGGUUCCUUGUGCUUUGGACCCCCCAAACCCAAACUGCUAUGUCUGUGCAAGCAAGCCGGAGGUGACCGUGAAGCUUAAUGUCCACAAAGUCUCCGUUUUGACACUGCAGGAUAAGAUUGUGAAAGAAAAAUUUAAUAUGGUUGCACCAGAUGUCCAAAUAGAGGAUGGAAAGGGGACUAUUCUCAUCUCAUCAGAAGAAGGAGAAACUGAAGCAAACAACCACAAGAAGUUGUCAGAAUUCGGGAUCCGGAAUGGCACCCGCCUGCAGGCAGAUGACUUUCUCCAGGACUACACCCUCUUGAUCAAUGUGCUGCACUGUGAGGAGCUUGAGAAGGAUGUGGAAUUCGAAGUUGUCGGUGAUGAAGUUGUCGGUCCCAAACCAUCAGAAGAACCCACUAAGAAUAUCACCAAUGGAAGUGAGGAUGGGGCAAAGCCAUCUACAUCCACAGCUCCAGACGAAGAGGACGAUGUGCUGAUUAUUGAGACCGAGGAAGGUUCUUCCGGCCACACCGAUGACUCAGAAAGCAAAAGCCGCAAGAGGAAACUCGAAGAGAAGGAGCAUCCCGACACAAAAAGAAUGCGUCCCUCAGAAGAGCAAGAGGAUGUCAUUGCGCUGGACUGAGUGAUGGGAUGUUCUGGCCGGUGGGACAGGGGUGGUCUGGGUGUGUUUGUAAAACAUCUGGAACUAGACUUGGCCAAGGUCUCUUCUGGGCCUGGAAAGGAACCCUGCCCCUUCUGCCUCACAGAACCUCUGCCAUCCCCACUCAGUAGAAUUUAGACCUUUGCCCAUAUGCAGUCCUAAAUAUAGUAGGCAUCUAGUUUAUAAACACUUAAGUAGUCCUGAAUACAGAGCAUGAUUUUGUAUAUAAUCUUUCAGAGAUGAAUUGGUAUGGGAAAAACAAGGCAACUCCAGUCUAGCAAAGCGGUUUUCUCCCUCCUUGAUAUCGGAGAGGUUUCGAAUUCUGGCAGGGAGGCUGGGGCAUUCUCAUCCCAGCCCAGUUCUUGUUGUUUCUCACACCCCUCAAAGCAAAAACAUUGAAAUUUGAAAGCAAAGAUGUGUUGUGUUCCAGAUGUGAAGCCGGCACAAUGUACAUUACUGUAAAACAAUGGCUAACUUUCAGCUCAUACUGCCUGAAUGUGUCAGGAAUGGAUUUUGGUGUACUGUUACAGUUUCAGGUUAUUUAUAUGGGAUGUUUUGUAAAACUGAAAUGCUUCUUUACCAUUCAUUCGAUGGACCAAAAUAAAACACCUUGAACGGCUCCCCACACAUCCGCCUGUGUGCUGACAUGAAGACGUGCAACAUGUAUGCACUCUUCAUAUUUAAUACUGUAGUAAUUUUGGUUUUAAACAUCCUAUACACAUAGUGCGGGACUCUUGAAAAAUGUCCUUUGGUGGAAUUGAAAGGGAGGGUUUUUUAAUAAAACAUUUUGUCACUGUU